GGGGCGGGCCGCUCCGCGUCGCGCCGCUGAGCUCAUCGGUCGGCGCCGGGGCGAAGGCGGGCUGCCGGGGCCGGUUCGUCUGGGCCUAGCGCCGCCGCCUCGGCGCGCCGGGAGCCCCGCGGAUGUGGGCUGAGGUGUUGGUUCUGCCCCGCAGGGCCGGGCUGCGGCUGCUCCCGCCGCUGCGGCUGCGGCAUCGAGCGCCGGCCGCCAUGAAGCUGCAGUCCCCCCAGUUCCAGGCCCUCUUCACGCCGGGGCUCCGCAGCGUGGCCGAAUUGUUUGAGAAGAAGAACUACGAGCUGAGAAUAGCCGGAGGUGCUGUGAGGGAUUUGCUGAGUGGAAUGACACCACAAGAUAUAGAUUUUGCCACUACAGCUACACCAGCAGAGAUGAAGGAAAUGUUCACAUCUGCUGGUGUUCGUCUGAUCAAUAACAAAGGAGAAAAACAUGGAACCAUUACUGCCAGGCUCCAUGAAGAGAAUUUUGAAAUUACUACUCUUAGAAUAGAUGUUGUCACCGAUGGACGACAUGCAGAGGUGGAAUUCACCACUGACUGGGAAAAGGAUGCUGAAAGGAGGGAUCUGACUGUCAAUUCCAUGUUUUUAGGUUUAGAUGGGAUGCUGUAUGACUUUUUUAAUGGAUAUGAAGACUUGAAAAACAAGAAAAUUAGAUUUGUAGGAAAAGCAAAUGAGAGAAUACAAGAAGAUUAUUUACGAAUCCUAAGAUAUUUCAGGUUUUAUGGAAGAAUCGCAGAAAAACCUGGUGAUCAUGAACCUAGUACACUGCAAGCAAUUAAAGAAAAUGCCAAAGGUUUGGCUGGAAUAUCAGGAGAAAGGAUUUGGGUGGAAUUGAAAAAAAUUCUUAUUGGAAACCAUGUAAAUCAUUUGGUUCGACUUAUGUAUGAGCUGGAUAUUGCCGAAUACAUAGGACUACCACUUGAUGGAAAUUUAGAGGAAUUUGACAGAGUCACUAAAAAUAUUCAAAAUCUGUGUCCAAAACCGAUGACUGUUCUGACAUCACUGUUCAAGGUGAAGGAUGAUGUCACAAACCUUGAUCUGAGGCUGAAAAUCUCCAAAGAAGAAAAAAACCUUGGCCUUUUUUUAGUGAAGCACCGGCAAGAGUUAACCAAAGCUGUGGGUACAGAACCACUUAGACCAUAUCAGGACUUCAUAAUGGAUUCUAGGGAAGCUAAUACAAAUUCCAAGAUCUGUGAGCUUCUAAAAUACCAAGGAGAAGAACAUCUUUUAAGAGAAUUGCAGGAAUGGACUGUUCCCUCUUUUCCUGUGAGUGGCCACGAUUUAAGAAAAAUGGGUGUGUCUUCUGGUAAAGAAAUUGGGACAGCAUUACAGCAGUUACGGGAGGAAUGGAAGAAGAGCGGAUACCACAUGGAUAAAGAAGAACUGUUAAGUUGCCUGAAGAAGUUGUGAAACUGAAUAAUAGUAAAGAACUGUUCAUGCCCUAUUCUAAGUGUAACUGAGAUACCAGUAAAUAUUUUGUCACUGUA